GCUGACGAAGUUUGCACGACUUCUGCUUGCGUUACUGCUGCUGCUGGUAUUUUGGCUGAUGUCGAUCAGUCUGUCGACCCUUGCGAGGACUUCUUCCAGUACAGCUGUGGUGGUUGGUUGUCUUCGCACGAUAUCGCUUCUGAUCGCGGUGAUUACUUCACUUCCUCAAUCAUGGCUGAGGAUUCGCAGCGUCUCUCGCGUAACAUCUUGGAAGGUACUUUUGUUGGCUCCUCCGCGGCCGAGCGUGCGAUUUGGGAGAAGGCUUCGGGCGUCUACAGCGCUUGCAUGGACACUGAUCGCAUCGCCGAGGUCGGUGGUGAGCCUAUCUACCCUAUCCUCGAGAAGAUCCAGGCAGUGUACCCUCUCUAUGCCGGCGCUUUGGAGUCUGUGCGAACUUGGGUCGAAGGACCUUCUGAGGUUAUGGUCAAGGACGAGGCGCGUACUUCCGCCAUGGAUUUGACUGAUGCCGUCUUGUACCUCCAAACCAUGGCUAUCACUGCCUUGAUCCAAUUCGACAUCGAUGCCGAUGAUAUGGAUCCUGACUUCACCGUUCUCCGACUGUACCAGGUUAUGAACGGCUUGCCGUCGAAGGAGUACUACACCAGACCCAGUAUCACUAUUCCUUACACCGAUGCCAUCAAGCAGGUUUUCGCUAAUGUGUUGGCGGAUGUCAACACAACGCUCACUCCUCGUCAGCUCGAUGAUCGCUACGCUGCUCUUGCGGAGCAGGUCGUUGAGUUUGAGGCCCAACUGGCUGCGAUCAGUCUUGAUUUCGAGGAACUCUUUGAUGGAUCAAAGACGUAUCAUCCGUUCACCAUCAGCGAUUUGCAGAAGACCUUCACUCCUGUCGAGUUUACUUAUUUGAUCCAGUCGAUGACGGGCUCGCCUACCAUGCCUGGUCAGGUCAUUGUCACCUACCCCCAGUACCUCAUCGACUUGAACAAGCUCAUCCCCACAGUCUCUCGUGAGACACUGCAGACUUACUUCAUGUGGAAGGCUAUCGAGGUCUAUGCCGGGCAUCUUUCCGACUCUGUGGCCAGACCUGUUACCGAGUUCCGCAACGCUCUUCGAGGAAUCAGCUCGACUGUUCGUCCUGAUCGGUGGAAGACCUGCGUCGCUGAGGUUGACUCUCUCACCGGUUGGAUUCUUGGAAAGUACUACACUGACCGGGCAUUCUCUCCCGUGGCAAAGGAGAUGGGAGAGGAGAUUAUCAACGGUAUCAAGGAUGCUUUCGUUGACAAGUUGAAUGUCUUGCCCUGGAUGGAUGUGAAUACCAAGGGAGUCGCUAUCGAGAAGGUCCACAGACUAGUCCAGAAGAUUGGAUAUCCUGACCAGUCGCCCGACAUCAAGUCUGCCGAUAGUCUAGCUGACUACUACAAGGAUCUCAAGAUUUCUGCCACCGACUACUUUGGAAACUACAAGUCUGCCCGUAUGCAGGCUGCCGUCGAUGAAUGGCAAUCUCUCGGAAAACCCACCGAUCGUGCGGCCUGGGGCAUGACCCCUUCCACGGUCAACGCGUACUACAACCCUCCUCUUGGCGAGAUUGUCUUCCCUGCUGGUAUCCUCCAGCCUCCUGUGUUCUCUGAGCACCAACCGUCCUACAUGAACUACGGUGCCUUUGGUGCGGUCGCCGGACACGAGCUUUCUCACGCCUUUGACAACCAGGGUCGUGCUUACGACGAGAACGGACGUCUUCAUGACUGGUGGACUCCCAAGACUUCCCAGGAGUUUGAUACUCGCGCGCAGUGCUUCAUCGAUCAGUACUCUGAGUACACUGUCGUUGAUGACGAGGGCAAUGUUCUCCAUGUUAACGGCAAAUUCACCGAGGGUGAGAACAUUGCCGAUAACGGUGGAAUCGCCGCCGCUUUCAACGCCUGGAAGACCCAUGAGGCUAGAGAGCCAAGUCCCCUGCUCCCGGGUGUGAACAUGACCAAGGAGCAGCUCUUCUUUGUCAACUACGCUAGAUGGUGGUGUGGAAAGACCAGACCGGGCACUGCUGCUCAGAGAAUCUACACCGAUCCCCACUCUCCCAGUUUUGUGCGUGUUUUGGCUGCCGCCGAGGACUCGCAGGACUUUAUCGAUGCAUUCCAGUGCAAGAAUAAGUCUCCUCGAUGUGUUCUUUGGUAA